UCAUUCCUCGUUGCUUGUUGCCUUUAUUUUUUGUUUGGAUUACACAAACAGCUGGAAGAGAGACUCCCUCUUCAGAACAUUGUUAGCAAGUGAACGCGACUAUAAACACAGGCAACUAUGACACCGAAUGCAACGUCACCUGCCAACGCAGCCACUGUAGUCUCGGCCCUAAGCCAUUCCACAAACAUUUCCUACGUUCAAUGCCAGAACCUCAAGUACAACGUCAUCAUUGUGGGUUGGCUGGGCGUCAUCAUAUCGACCGUAGUCCUCUGCAGCUCCAUGCUCACCAUGCACAUGCAGACCGACAUUGAGGAGCUGGUGAGCGCUUGGCUACUCAAGGGCGCUCACAGCAAUGAGCAGCAGUAUCUGAUGACUUUGUUGGGCAUCUUCAGCACUAUUGCGUAUGGACUGUCGUUGAUCAAUACGGGCGUCAGCCUAUUGUUGCUCAUUGGUGUGGCCAGAGACUCCAGUGCGCUGCUCUAUCCCUGGCUAAUAUACCAUGGCGUCGUCUUCGGCUUUGGACUCUAUUUGGGCGUGUUCUACGCCACAGCUGGCCUCUUCAUAGACUUGUCCCAUUUCCUGCUAUGCUUGCUGGUGUUCGCCCUAGUUUUGGUGAUUUUCUACAAGAUCUACCACGAGGUCUUCACUCUGUUCCGUGUCAUGGAGCAGCAGGCGCGUUAUGGCGGAGCCUAUUAUGCAGAUGCUGAGCAUGCUGCUUGGGCCAAUGUUCCCUAUCAGGCUGUCUAUAUGCCGCGAGUGCCGAUGAAGCAGUAAAAACAAUCCAAUCAGAAAGAGUUUUCACGCAAUAAAGGUCAACUACGUUACUGAAUAGCA